UGCUGCACCACCGAUUCAUCGCCAUUUCCGGUUCCCAGUUCUUCCGAGAACGAUGGGUCCUGGAACUGGGAUGGCGCCGAAGCGGGUGCUCUCCGCUCUGCUCCUCGCAGCUCUCGCGUGCAACGUCGCCCACGCGAAGUUCAGCAGGUACAGCUUCCCGGAGGGCUUCGUCUUCGGCACCGGCUCCGCGUCGUAUCAGUACGAGGGCGCCUACAAGGAAGGAGGCAAAGGUCCCAGCAUCUGGGACACCUUCAGUCACAUCCCAGGUAAAAUUAAGAACAAUGAUACUGGCGAUGUAGCAGAAGACUUUUACCAUCGAUACAAGGAGGAUGUGAAGCUCCUGAAGGACAUGAACAUGGAUGCCUUCCGGUUCUCCAUUGCCUGGACCAGGAUCCUGCCAACUGGCUCCCUGAGCGGUGGAGUCAACAAGGAAGGGGUGGCCUUCUACAACAACCUCAUCAACGAGGUCAUAGCGAAUGGGCUGAAGCCGUUCGUCACCCUCUUCCACUGGGACACACCCCAGGCCCUGGAGACCAAGUACCAGGGCUUCCUCAGCGAGAACAUCAUCAAGGACUACGUGGACUUCGCGGAGGUGUGCUUCCGGGAGUUCGGCGACCGCGUCAAGUUCUGGACAACGUUCAACGAGCCGUGGACGUACGCGUCGCAGGGGUACGGCACGGGCGCCCACGCCCCGGGCCGGUGCUCCCCGUUCAUCUCCAGGUCCUGCACCCCCGGUGACUCCGGCCGCGAGCCCUACGUGGUGACGCACCACAUCCUCCUCGCCCACGCCAGGGCCGUGCGCCUCUACCAGGCCAAGUACCAGCCUUCCCAGCGCGGGCAGAUCGGCCUCACCGCGGUGUCGCACUGGUUCGUGCCCACCACCGACUCCGCCGCCGACAAGCGCGCCGUCCAGCGCAGCCUCGACUUCAUGUACGGCUGGUUCCUGGACCCCAUCGUGCGCGGCGAGUACCCGGGCACCAUGCGCGCCUACCUCGGCGGCCGGCUGCCGAGGUUUACGGCGGAGGAGGCGGUGAUGGUGAAGGGGUCGUACGACUUCAUCGGCGUCAACUACUACACCUCCUACUUCACGUCGGACAGGCCGGCUCCCGCCAACGCGCUCGCGCAGUCCUACGACGGCGACAUCCGCGCCAACACCUCCGGGUUCCGCGACGGCGUGUCCGUCGGCGAGCCGGAGUUCGUGCCCAUCUUCUUCAACUCCCCUGCGGGGCUCCGCGAGCUCCUGCUCUACACCGCCCGCCGCUACAACAACCCCGUCAUCUACGUCACGGAGAACGGCAUCGCCGAGGAGAACAGCCCGCGGAUCCCGCUCAGUGAGGCGCUCAAGGACGGGCACCGGAUCAAGUUCCACUCCCAGCACCUGCAGUUCGUGAACCACGCCAUCAAGAACGGCGUCAACGUCAAGGGAUACUUCACCUGGACCUUCAUGGACUGCUUCGAGUGGGGGGAUGGAUACCUGGAUCGCUUCGGCCUCAUCUUCAUCGAUCGCCUCAAUGGCCUCAAGCGCUACCGCAAGCAGUCCAGCAAGUGGGUCGAGAGCUUCCUCAGGAGGAAGAAGACGCAUUACUGAUCAUGAGCUCCAUGACCAGCUGGUGCUACGUCAUUGCUCCGGUCGGCCGGGAUGGCCGGCCAUAUCUCCCACCGUGUUUUUAUUUGCAGGGUGAUUGUUGCCGAGGUGCCGGGAAUUCCAUUUUCAGAGAGUGAUUGCUGUCUGCUGCCUGCAUUUGCCUCUCGUUGCUGUCGUUGAGUGCGCAGUGAGGGGGAAAUAAAGCUCACGGCUGAUGAGCUAUUUUACCAGUUCAAUUGUUUAAUGUAAUUCAAUUCUUCUCGAGCAAAAUAAAGCAACACGUUCUGCGAA